AUGAUGCUGAAUGAUGAGCGGAGCGGCGACCGCAUUGCAUUGAUACUCGAGUCUGACUUGCAAUACAACAAUAAGGGCUUACAUGUUGAGGUUCGAGUCAAGGACAAGUCAGAGUCUAAGGUUCAUGUCGUCAAGUUGAACAGCACUCUCCAUCGCCUUCUCGACAACAACGACCUAGAUUGCAAGCUUUUCUUGGCGUACCUCCAUGCUCUUACGUCGCAUUGUCUCCCGGAUCCUGCGACGCUGCAUACGGGUACAGAGCAAGCGUUCACAAUCCUCCGAUCGAAGGCAGUUGAAUCGUUUAGCCAAUUAUCACAGGCGAACGUCAACAUGCUUGGCAAGAUUGCUCAGCUCAGUCCCGGCCGUUUGUUCUAUCCAGGAGGCAAGCGCGUCAUGCAAAGUGUGAAGUGGGACCAGGGUUUGCCAGUUCUUUCUCAACAUGACGACCUCUUGACGGUGGUCGCUGGCUUGUUCCGCCAAUCCGAGGCAUCGAAAAUCUUUCAUCCAGAGAUUGAGCUUCAAAUUACACGGAGAAAGGACAUCAAAGACCAUCUCCAAGCUAGGGCAAGCAUGCGAGCAUCUGUGUUUCAUGUCUCUGGCUUUGGAGCUGAGAACCAUAACAAGUCUCACGACCUGAUAUACAAUUCUAGAGAUCAAGAGAAGAAUCGCUUCGCGAUCAUGGCCUUGCUGUGCACCAUAAGCUUCUCAAAAAAUGCACAGAUGGACCAACUUCAGCUUCUCGCAAUGUGUGCCAAGUCAAGACAGCUUGCACUUGUUCAAGCGCCCAGUGCUGCCUCGUUCAGCCCGGAUCGAGGCCGUCUAGUCUCAGGCAGUAUGCUUGAGACGAUUCUGAACCGGUACCUUCUCACAUCGCAUGAGACUCCCGAGUGGAACAUCGCACGACAAGAGAACGAGAAGAGAAAAGACUAUGACCGUCGGCGGGAGUCUGCGUGGAAGCAAUCCAAGAACGAAAUGGUCAGGCGUGUUGUGAACUCGUUGAAGUCGCAGUGGCCUUGUGCGACGCCAGUCAACCCACAAGUUACGGAUGUGUCAAAAUACAUCCUUAUCGACAAUGCCAUGCCCCUCAUUAAGGACGAAUUCAAUGCGCGGUAUCACAAUAGUCUUCUCUACGACUACUUGGUGCAACUCCUGCAGGCCUUGGAACGCCUACCUAUCAGUAAACUUGGUCUGCCGGCGUCACUGCAGCCCAUCCCUACCGCGGAAGUCAGCAACAGCUCUUGCAUUUCGGAGGCUGAUCUGUUCCUUGUGCCAGCUCCUCCUCUACCUUGCAAGCCAGUGACGCUUCUAGCAUCAGAUGACCAGUGCACUCGAUCUACCGAUACGGCCAAAGAGCCUCGUCUGAAGGCCCUGAUUGAGAAGAUGACCUUGCGGAGAACUACCGGCAAGAAGAUGACCAAUCCUUCAUGGCAGCAACUUUCCACACACCUCGAGGGUUGCAAACGGCAUGUCGAGGGUCUAUAUCAAACGAUCCUCGGCGCCUUGACAUCUUCAACGAAGGCAAAGGCGGCAUAUGAUGUCUCCCAUUCGCCGCGAGUGUCGCCUGUCCUUCUGCUCAAGCAACUGUCCUAUGAUCGCUGGCCCAGACUAUCGCAUGACUGGCAGAAGAGUAUUGUUAAAUAUGGCCUAGCGAUCACCGCGCUACAACGUGCUGCGCGUUUGGUCAAGUUGGCUGGGUCGGGGCGCAGCGAGGAUGUCGCCAGUGAGCUCAUGAACGUGGGUCAUGUUAAUUGGGACCCAUUCCAAUUUCCAGAGACGCUCCUGAUUGAGGCUGAGAGCAGGAUCAUGGUCCGACAAGUACAGGAGCAGAUUGCUCGCGAGAUGCGACGGCCCUCCUCAGGCCGCAACGCUGUCAUGCAAUUGAAUAUGGGUGAAGGCAAAUCGAGCGUCAUUGUUCCCAUUGUGGCAGCGCAUCUUGCAGAUGGUUCACAGCUCGUCCGGGUCAUAGUGGCCAAGUCGCAGUCCAAACAGAUGGCUCAAAUAUUGAUCUCCAAACUUGGAGGUCUCGUUAACCGUCGCGUCUACUAUUUGCCUAUGCUCUGGCAUUCCAGCCAAGUCGCCCGGACAUGGACGCCAUCUCGGCUACACUUGCACAAUGCAUGUCACAAGGCGACUCUCAUCAGUGGCCGACAGGACGUCGCACAAUCGGCUAUAGCAUCGCAAAGCUUUCUCGAUAGUCACUCUCGCGACAUCGUGGACGAGAGCGACGAGAAUUUCAGCCCACGCUUUGAGUUGAUUUAUACCAUGGGGACCCAGCGCUUGAUUGAAGCGAGUCCAGGUCGAUGGCAAUUGAUCGAGCAAGUGCUAGAAUUCGUGAGGCGUACCAUUCCAGCGGUCGCUGAACAUCUCCCGCCUUCAACAAUUGAGAUGGUUCCCGGAGUCUCUGGUGCCUUCCCAAGGACUCGUGUCCUCCAAGAGGAUGCUGGCAACUACUUUGUUAAGAUUCUUGCCGCCAAGAUCUGUAGCGAUGAGAUCAAUCUCGUCAAGAAGAGCGCCGUGCGCUGGACCGAGACGAACCGACCGCAGCUUCUUCUACUGCGUGGUCUCCUUGCUGAUGGAGUACUGCUAUUCCUUCUGAGUCAGAAGCGCUGGAGAGUCAAUUACGGUCUUGCCGAUCGUACUCCAGCAACCAAAGUCGCUGUUCCUUUCCGAGCGAAAGAUACCCCAGCUUUGUAUAGCGAAUUCUCCCAUCCUGACGUCGUCAUUGCAUUGACCUUGUUGAGCUACUACUACAAAGGACUUGACAACGCCGAGCUUUUUGCUGCUUUCGCACACCUGACGAAUUCGGACCAAGCCGAAAUCACGUAUCAGGAAUGGGUGGGAGACUAA